UUUUCCCACUACCCCCUACAGGAAUCCGCCUCCUUCCUCUUCAAUCCAUCGCACACCUCUUUCCCCGCGCCGGCGCCGCCGAACCCCGCCGCCUCCAGCCACCCCGAAGGAGCUCCUCUCCUCGUCGUGGUUCACCGACUCCUCCUAUACUUGUUUGUUACUCUUAAAGCGUACAUGAACGAUGGUUUGUUUUGGGUCAAAGGCAAUUAGACCCAAGGGGAGCAGACAGAACGGCGUAAUAGAUGGAGGUUUAGAUGAUGGCUCACUCAAGAGGGGAAGGAAGGAUAAGAGCCAGAAGCCCCGGAAAGGGGGUCAUGGUUCGGGUGAAAAGACUUCGGUAGAUAAAUCUAAACAUGGUCUGAAGAAGCAGAAGCAGAAGAAGGGGGAGGAUGGGAAGAAAGGGAAAGGGCAAGGAAAGAUGAAUCCCGGUCCUACCAAGAAUCAGGAUGCACUACCAUUCUCCAACGCGUCAAAGCCAGCGCAAAAUGUUCUUAGGAAAAGAGUUGAUCCUGAAACUGCAAAGUACUAUAUGGAGAUCUCAAAUCUCUUUGAUAACAAGGAGAUUGAUUUGGAAGAGCGCUCGGCUAUAUGCGCUAAUGCCUUGGAAGAAACUAAAGGGAAAGAGCUUGAACUUGCCACAGAUGCUGUGAUAAGCCACACCUUGCAGGUUCUUGUAGAAGGCUGUGAGUUGGAGCAGUUAUGCACAUUCCUCCGCAACUGUGUCGGGUCUUUUCCUGUUAUUGCCAUGAAUAAGUUUGGAUCGCAUGUGGCCGAAGCAGCUCUCAAGUCAUUGGCAACACAUCUUGAAGAUGAGACCUCUAGGGCCAUGGUAGAAGAGAUAUUGAACAAGAUGUGUAAGGUUAUUGUUGCAGAUGCUGCUAAUGUGAUGUCCAGCUGCUAUGGAUCACAUGUUCUCCGCACUCUUCUUUGCCUUUGUAAGGGAGUUCCAGUAGAGUCAUUGCAAGACUUCCACACUACUAAGAGAUCUGCCGUUCUAGCUGAGCGGUUGAGUUGUGGUAGAAAUCAAUCGGGCGGACAUGGCCCAAAGACCUUUGAAAAUGGUUUCUCAGACAUUUUUAAGUAUUUUGUCAGAGAAAUGCUACAUAGCGCAAAAGCUGACAUUGCAACUUUACGAGUUGACAAGAACAGUAGCCUUGUUUUACAGACUGCACUGAAACUAUCAUCUGGUGAUGAUAAUGAAUUGCAUCAUAUAAUAUCAAUUCUUCUUGGUUAUGAUGAAGACGACAGUAUACAGAGGAGAGAUUACAAUGCAAAAGAGAACGAAAUUGUUACUUUACUUGAAGAAACUGCUUAUAGCCAUCUCUUGGAGGUGAUUGUGGAGGUUGCCCCGGAGGAAUUGCGCAAUGGUAUGCUUGUAGGUACUCUGAGGGGUGCAUUAUUUGCAAUCUCUUCUCAUCACUGUGGAAAUUAUGUGGUGCAAGCUUUGAUAUCAUCAGCUAAAACCUCAGAUCAGAUGAAGCAAAUCUGGGAGGAACUUGGUCCGAAAAUUAAGGAAUUGCUUGAACUAGGCAAAACAGGGGUUGUAGCUUCCAUCUUAGCAGCAUGCCAGCGGCUUGAAAUUUAUCGACUUGAGAGUUCUCAAGCUCUUGCUGCAGCUUUAAGUUCAGAUUCUGAUUCUCCUGAUAGCAUUGUUGCACAUAUUCUUUUUCUUGAGAACUUCUUGCGCGAGAGAUCUUAUUGGACUUGGCCUCUUGGUGCAAAGAUGAGUGUCCUGGGUUGCUUGAUGCUGCAAUCAAUUUUUCAAUACCCACAUCAAUAUAUUCGACCCUAUGUUGCAAGCUUGCUGGCUAUGGAGGAUGAUCAGAUCCUCCAAAUAUCCAAGGAUUCAGGAGGUAGCCGCGUUCUUGAGGCUUUUCUAUGUUCAAGUGCCACUGCAAAGCGAAAAUUUAAAGUUUUUGGAAAAUUGCAAGGUCAUUAUGGAGAGAUUGCUAUGAGUCCUUCUGGCUCAUUCUUAGUAGAGAAGUGCUUUACUGCCAGUAACUUUUCUCAUAAAGAGGCUAUAGUGGUAGAGUUGUUGGUUGUGCAAUAUGAACUAUCUAAGACAAGACACGGGUUCCACUUGUUAAAAAAGCUGGAUGUUGAUAGAUAUGCUAGGCGACCUGAGCAGUGGAGAGCUAGUCAAACUUCAAAAGAAACAACUCAAAGACAAUUUGAGGUGGAAUUUGGCUCUAACAGUAAACCUGUUAGGCAUAAUAUUGAAGAACAGUUUUCUCCUCAAAGUCCCACAAAGAAACGUAAGCAGAAAGAGAAGACUGACAAUGUUACUGAGGAUGCCAGCAGCAACAAACCAGAUUUCUCGCAGAAAGGCAACAGUAAGAGGCUGAAAUCUGCCAAGGCAAUUUAUGAGACGGAAUCAAGCAGCAAGAAACUGACUGAAGGCACGAGCACCAGUGCCAGCACGGCAUUCUUGAAGGACUCUGGCAAGAGAAAAUCACUAGGUUUCCUCUCAGAUAUACCAAGCCUCAAGAAACAAAACUUUCACAGACCCACUUCCGGUAAAUCAGACGGCAAGAAGUUUGUUCAAGAUACUGGCAAGCAGAAACAGUCCAUCGCCGAGCUUGCAGAUCUGGCUGGUAAAGAGAAACUGACUGCGGCCGAAGUCCGCAAAUUGCUGAAGCCUGAAAUGCCUGGCAAGACCUAACUAAUUCCAGACCUUGUAAGGCUGUAAGCAGCUGUAGAAAGCAAGAUCAUAUGAUUUUUUGCUGCCCCGUUCUCACAAAUGCGGGUAGAAUCAGCAAUUUUGGUUACCAUUUCUCAUCUGUUGCAAGUCAUGAGCUGUAAGAUUCCGCAAUUGGGUUUUGUUUUAGCUUGUAACAUGUGAGAUGGUUUUGUAUGAGCUUUUAAAACUGGCUUUGCUGAUGAAUCUGUUCCAGCAAGGUUUGUUUGAUGCAUUGCAGAAACUACAAAAACAUGUACAAAGGUGUCAGUCCAUGUCCAAGGUUUUCCUGUGAUUU